AUGUCGUUCGGCGGCCAGACACCGACGAUUAUCGUCCUGAAAGAGGGAACCGACACCUCGCAGGGCAAGGGCCAAAUUGUUUCCAACAUAAACGCUUGCCUGGCCGUGCAGGCCACGAUCAAAUCGACACUAGGUCCCUACGGCGGUGAUUUGUUGAUGGUGGAUGCCAACGGGAAACAGACGAUCACCAACGAUGGAGCCACCGUCAUGAAGCUCCUGGAUAUCGUCCACCCUGCAGCCCGAAUCCUCGUCGAUAUCGCGCGAUCCCAAGAUGCCGAAGUGGGCGAUGGGACAACUUCCGUUGUCGUUCUUGCCGGCGAGAUCCUGAAAGAGAUUAAGGAGCACGUGGAGGGCGGUGUCAGCUCACAGAUCAUUAUCAAGGGCCUGAGGAGAGCAUCGACGAUGGCUGUGAACAAGAUUAAGGAGAUCCAAGUUAGUACAAAUGAGGCGGAUAGGAGGGAUACGCUCAACAAGUUGGCGGGUACUGCCAUGACGAGCAAGUUAAUCAAGCGCAACACGGAGUUUUUUACAAAGAUGGUUGUCGACGCCGUUCUUUCCCUCGACCAGGACGACCUCAACGAGAAAUUAAUAGGAAUCAAGAAGAUUCCCGGCGGCUCCCUCACGGACUCUCUCUUUGUCAACGGUGUUGCUUUCAAGAAGACGUUUUCCUACGCUGGGUUUGAACAACAACCGAAGUCGUUUAAAAAGCCCAAGAUUGUCUGCCUCAACGUCGAACUUGAGCUCAAGGCCGAGAAGGAUAAUGCGGAGGUUCGUGUCGAGCAAGUCUCCGAAUACCAGGCUAUCGUCGACGCCGAAUGGCAAAUUAUCUACAAGAAGCUGGAGGCGGCAUACAAAACGGGCGCGAAGGUUGUAUUGUCUAAGCUACCAAUCGGUGACUUGGCGACGCAGUUCUUCGCAGACCGCGACGUGUUCUGCGCAGGCCGUGUCUCCGCCGAUGAUAUGGAGCGCGUGGUGCAGGCGACUGGCGCUACCAUCCAGAGCACCUGCUCUGACAUUCGCCCGGAACACUUAGGCACCUGUGGUAGCUUUGAGGAGCGGCAGAUUGGUGGCGAACGUUUCAACUUCUUCGAAGACUGCCCUGAGGCCAAGACAUGCACUUUGGUUUUGCGCGGUGGUGCGGAGCAGUUCAUCGCCGAGGUGGAGCGGUCACUCCAUGACGCCAUUAUGAUCGUCAAGCGGGCGAUCCGCAACAAGACCAUCGUCGGCGGCGGUGGUGCCACCGAGAUGGAAGUGUCGGCGUACCUACACCGGUUUGCCGACCAGGAUGUGCGCAACAAGCAGCAAGCCAUCAUCAAGAGCUUUGCCAAGGCGCUCGAGGUCAUCCCGCGACAGCUGUGCGACAACGCCGGCUUUGACGCCACCGACAUCCUCAACCGCCUACGUGUCGAGCACCGCCGGGGCAACACCUGGGCCGGUGUUGACUUCCAGAGUGAAGGUGUCACCGACAUGAUGGAGCGGUUCGUGUGGGAGCCUGCGCUUGUCAAAGUCAACGCUAUUCAGGCGGCGACUGAGGCGGCGUGCCUGAUUCUGGGUGUGGAUGAGACGAUCCAAAACGAGGAGAGCCAGGCACCACAGGCACCCGGCAAACCGUUGCCGCCGGGAGCGGCCCAGCGUGCGUUGCGUGGGCGUGGGCGUGGUAUGCCGAGGCGGUAG